GGUGGCGAAGUCACUGUCGGCUUCAGCCAGGCUGCGGAGCGGACGGACGCGCCCGGUGCCCCGGGAAGGGGCGCCACCGGGAGAGGAGGAGGAGGAGGAGGUGGAGAGGAAGAGCCGCCCUCUCUGCCGACACCCCCUACCCCCACCCCCGAGGCUCUGCCCCCAGGGGCUGGGGGCCUGACAAGUUUCUCCACCUUGGCUGCCUGAAGAGGCCGCUACGCUGGAGGGCCCCCGAGCCCACCGCACCAGGGUCCCCAGCACCGCCCCGGUGGCCUAACGCGACAGUCUCAGGAACCACUGCAAGGUUUCCAGUUGCCUAGACAAGGAACCGGGGGUCAGAGCAACAACCCUUCCAGCCACCUGCCUCGACUUCUGCCUCAGGCACCAGUCCCAGCCCCGUGCAUCCAACCCAGGUGACAUGCCGGUGCUCUCCACCCCCCGGUCCUCGCGGGUGACCACGCUGAAGCGCACAGCCCUGGUCCUGGCCCUCACGGCCUAUGGAGCCCACAAAAUCUACCCUUUGGUGCGGCACUACCUGGCUGCAACCAGGGGCCCUCAGGUACCAGCAGGGGAGUCCACGCAGGAGGUGUCUGGGGCCACAGCGGCCAAGGCCAGCGUGAACCGGGUGUUCUUGCAGCGGCUCCUGGGACUCCUGCGGCUGCUCUUCCCCAGGACACUGUGCCGGGAAACGGGGCUGCUGGCGCUGCACUCGGCCUCCCUGGUGAGCCGGACUUUCCUGUCAGUGUACGUGGCCCGCCUGGACGGCCGGCUGGCCCGCUGCAUCGUGCGCAAGGACCCGCGGGCCUUCGGCUGGCAGCUCCUGCAGUGGCUGCUCAUCGCGCUCCCUGCCACCUUCAUCAACAGUGCCAUCCGGUACCUCGAGGGCCAGCUGGCCCUGUCUUUCCGCAGCCGUCUAGUGGCCCAUGCCUACAGCCUUUACUUCUCCCAGCAGACGUACUACCGAGUCAGCAACAUGGACGGGCGGCUUCGCAACCCUGACCAGUCCCUGACCGAGGAUGUGGUGGCCUUUGCCGCCUCUGUGGCCCACCUGUACUCCAACCUCACCAAGCCGCUCCUGGACGUGGCGGUGACCGCCUACACCCUGCUUCGGGCGGCCCGCUCCCGUGGGGCCGGCACAGCCUGGCCCUCGGCCAUUGCCGGCCUCGUUGUGUUCCUCACAGCCAACGUGCUGCGAGCCUUCUCCCCCAAGUUUGGCGAGCUGGUGGCAGAGGAGGCGCGGAGGAAGGGAGAGCUGCGCUACAUGCACUCCCGAGUGGUGGCCAACUCAGAGGAGAUCGCCUUCUAUGGGGGCCACGAGGUGGAGCUCGCUCUGCUGCAGCACUCGUACCAGGACCUGGCCUCGCAGAUUAACCUUAUCCUGCUGGAACGCCUGUGGUACAUCAUGCUGGAGCAGUUCCUCAUGAAGUACGUGUGGAGCGCCUCGGGCCUGCUCAUGGUGGCCGUCCCCAUAAUCACUGCCACGGGCUACUCGGAGUCAGACUCAGAGGCAGUGAAGAAGGCAGCCUUGGAGAUGAGGGAGGAGGAGCUCGUGAGCGAGCGCACGGAGGCCUUCACCAUUGCCCGCAACCUCCUCACAGCUGCUGCGGAUGCCAUCGAGCGGAUCAUGUCAUCCUACAAGGAGGUGACAGAGCUGGCCGGCUACACAGCCCGAGUACACGAGAUGUUCCAGGUAUUUGAAGAUGUCCAGCACUGCCGUUUCAAGAGGCCCGGGGAGCUGGAGGACACUCAGGCAGGGCCCGGGGCUGUGGCGAGGUCUGGUGUCCACGUAGAGGGGCCCCUGCAGAUCCGAGGCCAAGUGGUAGAUGUGGAACAGGGAAUUAUCUGUGAGAACAUCCCCAUCAUCACGCCCACGGGAGAGGUGGUGGUGGCCAGCCUCAAUAUCAGGGUGGAAGAAGGCAUGCACCUGCUCAUCACCGGCCCCAACGGCUGCGGCAAGAGUUCUCUGUUCCGGAUCCUCGGCGGUCUCUGGCCCACUUACGGCGGCGUGCUGUACAAGCCCCCGCCCCAGCGCAUGUUCUACAUCCCUCAGAGGCCCUACAUGUCCGUGGGCUCCUUGCGGGACCAGGUGAUCUACCCAGACUCCGUGGAGGACAUGCGCAGGAAAGGCUACUCGGAGCAGCACUUGGAAGCCAUCCUGGACAUCGUGCACCUGAACCACAUCCUGCAGCGGGAAGGAGGCUGGGAGGCCGUGUGCGACUGGAAGGACGUGCUGUCGGGGGGCGAGAAGCAGAGAAUCGGCAUGGCCCGCAUGUUCUACCACAGGCCCAAGUACGCGCUUCUGGAUGAGUGCACCAGCGCCGUGAGCAUCGACGUGGAAGGCAAGAUCUUCCAGGCGGCCAAGGACGCUGGCAUUGCCCUGCUUUCCAUCACCCACCGGCCCUCCCUCUGGAAGUACCACACGCACUUGCUCCAGUUUGACGGGGAGGGCGGCUGGAAGUUCGAGAAGCUGGACUCUGCCGCCCGCCUGAGCCUGACGGAGGAGAAGCAGCGGCUGGAGCAGCAGCUGGCGGGCAUCCCCAAGAUGCAGCGGCGCCUCCAGGAGCUCUGCCAAAUCCUGGGCCAAGGCUCCGGGGUCCUCCAGGGUGCCGUCCCCCCCUGAGCCCUGCAGUCACGCGAAGGAAACAGCGGCACUUGCCCGCCGACCCCUGCACCCAGCCCUGCCGCGGGCCCACCCUGCAUGCCUCUCCCUCCCAGGCCUCCUGGCCACAGGCCUGCCCCGCUUCGAGGACUGCCGGCAAAACCACGUGCCUGUCCCCGGGCCCCCUCCCCUGGCCGGGCCAGGUGGUCCUGCCUUCUCUCCUGGGGGCGGGGGUGGAGAUGAGCCCCCCACUCGCACCGCCAGCCAGUCCGUGCAGAGCCUUGCGUUUCUGGGGCCCUGCUCUCCUGACGCCACGGUCCCCCCAGCGCCCUCCUCUUCAGUCCCUUGGAGACCCCACGGGCCAUCCACUGCUACCGCCCGGAUGGCCCAGCGAGGCUCCCGUCCCCCGGGACACCCUUCCUGCCAUAGAAGCAGCCAGACAGGGCCCCUCGCGUGUACCCCUUCUCCCUGCCGGUUGUCUCUAAGAGCCCUCGGGAGGAAGGAUUGCACAACAUUUCUGAGCAAGCGCUGGUAAGAAUGUAGCCCCUGCUCCUGUUGGCCCCUGGCCUUCUUUCCUUCUACAAGCUAAUUUACUGGAGUCCCGUCGGGAGCCAUCUCGAUUGCCAACACAAGCACCCUGCCAGCCAUUGAGCCAGCCCCCGGUGGCCUGUUGCCCCACCAGCGUACACUGCCAGCCACCUCCCGGGGUGGGGUGGGGGGCACAGGCCAACUGAACGGGGAAACAGGGGCUGGGGCUGCCGGGCAUGAGGGCACCUGUGUGCCCAGCUCAGUGCCAAAGAGGGGUCAGCCAGGGGAGCUGUCUCUGCAGAGCCGGCCCCCACCCAAGAGGGAGACCCCACCACAGCCACCGCAUGUGCCUUUCCAGGUCCUCUGCCCUCUGGCCGGGGAGCAUCCCUCAAUCCCUCAGUAAAAGCCUCCCACAGAAAGUGCAGUCCUGCCUCCUGGCCUGUUUCUCUGGCGGGGCUUGUGGGGCAGACGGGGAGGAGCAUGAGGUUGCCUGGGGUGGAAGGAGGCACUGCCACCCCUGCCCCCACGCAAAGACACAGCUCAGCAUAUUCUCCAGCUGACUCGGUGGGGAGGUAGAUUUAGCAACAUCUCACAAAAAUAUUGGCUGAGCACAAACAGGACUCUGGAGCAAUCGUGGGCCAGGUGCUGGGGUGGAGCGGAGAGGACGCUUGCCCGGUCCCUGCAGGAGGAGCUUCUGGAAAGAUGCUGUGGGAAAAGCCGUGAGCUGCAAAGUGGGCUGGGGGGCUGCAGGGCAGGCACAGAGCGGGAGGAGGGCUGCAGUGAAGAAGUGGUCCUAGACCUUCUAGGGAGAGGGAACACUCGUAGGGACGCCCAGAGGUGCAUGCUGAGCACGCCACAGGGCAUCAUGGUCAAUGUGAUGCGGAGGGAGAGGAAGGAAGGCGCGGGGCCUUGGGAGGCAGGAUGGAAACCGCAUACAGUGAUGCUGCGGGGAGGCGAGAGCGCACAGCUGGGUCCCCGUCCGCUGCUCGUGGGAAGGGAAGUGAGGCUCAAAGCAGGUGCUCAGUCCGAAACUUAGACGUGAACGUUCGUAGCAGGGCUUUUGAUGAUAAGCCAAAAGUGGAGACAGCCCAGAAGUCCAUCAGCAGGAAUGAGCCAACCAAAUGUGGUCUGUCUAAUACGAUAGGAUGCUAUUGGCUAAAAAAGAAUGAGGUUUGAGCCCCGCUGCAGCAUGGACGGACUGUAGAAACAUGACAGUAAGUGAAAGAAGCCAGACACAGAAGACCACGCACUGUGUGAGUUCGUGGGUAGGAAAUGUCCAGAAUAGGCAAAUCUAUAGCGACACAAAGCAGAGGAGCUGUUGCCAGGGGCUGGGUUUCCUUUCGGGGCAAUGUUCUGGAGCUGUAGAGGUGACGGUUACACAUUGUGGCCGUACUAAAUGUCACCGAACUCUGCCCUUUAAAAGGCUUGAUUUCAUGUUAUGUGAAUUUCACCUAAAAAAAAAAAAAUCGAUCUAUGGAUAAUAGACGACGGAGACAUUGAUUGAUUGAUUGAUGAUAGCUAGAUGACACCUGAUUGAUAGAUAAUAGAGGCAUGGUAUAUACAGAGAGCUGAUUGGUGAUAGAUAGGGGCGGAGAUGAGAGAGCAACCACUUAAAGCAGCCCACGCAAGGUGUGUUGACGCUUGGAAUCCCGGAUGUACUAGAGUGAGGGUAGACGAAAGUCGAGAUGUGGGCAGGGGUCAGACUCUGGGGGGAGUGGAGCGGGACCGCCCAGGUGACCCUUGGACUCUGGCUUAGGUGGCCAGGGGAGCAAGGGCACCCUUAGCUGAGGGAAGGACAGUCCGUGAUAGAAGAUAGAAGUGGACAACCUGGGGAGGAGGUGCCUGGCGUUCCAUCUGGGGGAUGGGAGAUAGCCUACGUGUGACUUGAAUUGAGGGGUUAGGAUUUGUUCUCGAUCCCGGGAGAGGUAGCGAAUCUGGAGGGCGAGGAGCUUUCCCUCCUUUUCUUCGGAAGAUUGUUGAGGUCGUUCCUACCUGAUGAUAAAUCCUUGUUGUUUUUUUUUAACUUACAUAGUUAGCAUGGUUCUGUGGUCUGCCACCAAACCGUAAUUGAUACAGAUGGGAAGGGACGUAGCCAGCGGAUCCUGUCCACAAGGAAGUUAGUGGAGAGAAAUUAACUUUGGACAAAGUACACCUCAGGGCACAAAUCAUUGUUAGGAAUAAAAGAGGUCACUGCGUGAUUAAAGAAAUAACUCACAAGCAUUAACCAUUAACAUGUGUGCACCUGCCUAAUGGUAGAACCUCAAAUAUCUGUCAAACAAAAAGCAGAAAAAAGAAAAAUUAAAUAGGACAUUUGCCACAAUACAUCCCACCACUUCUCACUGCAAUCGGGAGCUCGAGAAGACAAAGCUUGCGAGACUAUAGGAAAAACUGAGCGAGCUCGAUGAAUGGACAACCCCAAACUAGAGACUGCAUACUCUUUUCAAGUUCACCUUGAACAUUUACUAAAACUCACCAUGUCGUAGGCCACCAAACCAGUCUCGACAAAUAAGGAAUUUAGCGGAGCCUUCGAUAGCUCAGUUGGUAGGAGCGGAGGACCGUACUAAAAGAAUUGGUAUCGUACAAAUCACAUUCUCCAACUGUGAUAGAAUAAAAUCGUUAGUCCACAAUAAAACUAAAAUUACAUCCUCUCA